AUGACAUUUUAUCACCCGACUACUCAUUUCAGUACAAAGGGCAAAGUCCUCGUCGUUCCAGUGGUUUCUGUCGCGAACGUCGCACAGCUCGCGGCUGACCUCCUCAUCGCUUCGCUUUCCUUGCAUCGCGUAGGCAUAUUCGACCCUAGGAGCUUAGUUCCCGUCGUUGGAGCUCGCGAAGACAAUCUUCCGGGCGUCACAACACCACUCGAGCUGUUUGGUCGCGAUGAUCUUAAUAUCGCAGUCAUACAACAACGUUCACCUGUAUUAAAGUCCUCGAAGCAGGAUUUUGUUGACUCCCUGUUGGAAUUCAUUCGUACCUCAGGAGUCUCAGCUGUCCUCGUCAUCGGCGGAGUAGAUAUGUCCAACAGGACUGAUCCUCAGAUGCUUACACCCACUUGUCAGAUCGUCCCACCUGGAACACCUGAUCUGACGUCUGGUCCACUGGCCGCUCUCACGACCCUGCCAAUACCCUUCUACGCUUCACCCGUCUCCCAAUUCCUGCAUACCGAUGCAGAAAUGACAGACAUACCUUUCAUACCAGGCGGAGGGUUAGCUCGUCGAAUAUUCUCCUCACUUUCUGACACAUGGCAAAUCCCGAUUGCAUGCCUGUUGCAAUAUGUCAUGGAGGGGGAUAACAGAGCAGACGCCCAGCUCAUGGCAGCUGUAGUAUCCAAGGUGUUGCAAGUAGAGGUCCCUAACUGGAAGCAACCUAGCAGUUGGGGUCAUGGUCUUUUCGGUACCCCUCAUGAUCAAACAUUGUACGGUUGA